AUGGAUUCUGUGCCCUUUGCCAGCCCCCCAGCCCCAUCCAAGCCGCCCUGUCACCCUGGGGUUCCUGGUCCUGGCUUUCUGUCCUUGCCUCAACCAGCCCUGCAUCUCCUGCCCGUGCCCGUCACCCCUCCCUUCUGGAGUCAGGCCCUGGCCUGGUGGGAUGAAUCCUCGCUGCAGAGGGGAGGGAGGGCAGGGAGCUGUCUGCUGGCCAGUUUGGCUCUGACAUUCCCCCUCCUCAGGCUCAGAUGCGGUGAGUCGGGCACCCACCUUAGGGAGCCCUUUCCUUCUGCUGAACUCUCCUCCUAA